AUGUCUCUCUUCAAUUUCUUCUCUUGCUGCAUUCCUUCACGACCACCAAAAGAAGAACAUGCUUUCCUAUUAAAUAUGCCUGACGUAGUCACAGAUGAAAUAUUGAAAAACCUGGAUUUUGCGACAAUUCGAAAACUUCGAAAAGUGUGCCACGCGUUCCGUGAUUAUAUCGAUUGUGUGAAACCAGACAGUAACUUGAAAUGGAUCAAUCUAGAAGUGAAAGCGGAUAUGAUUUUUGUAUUACUUUCAACGCCCUCAUCAACCAAAGAUAAUGAGUUCUUUUACAAAGAACAUGAUCUUCUAUGUUUAAUGCAAAAAGGUCCCCGGGAUGCUAUAUUCGAGAACAACUGUGCCGAUUUAUGUGUCGAUGAUUUCCUGUGGCCAGCAUUGAAACAUCAGAAAUCGUUACUAGACGAGCUAUGUGUCAUAAAAAUGGUGGAAUUCGACGAAAACGAUCAGCCGGUUCCACAAAAUCCCGGGAGGCUUGUUGUGCCAACUUUCGACAAAGUAUUUGAUGGUUUGAUAAAAGUUCUAGAGUCGAGGAAUCGUUUACUUCAAGUUGAAUCUUUGGCGAUUUCGUUGCAUGGACAAGAGCAACUGAUGCAAUUGCUUCGUCAUGUUGAUUUGAAAGUAUUAAAACGUCUGGCAGUGCACAGACUAGUAGAAAUAGAACAAAUUUCGGAAUAUAGUGAAGAUAACAGCGAGUUCGUUUUGGAUCUCGACAUACUGAAAGAUUGUAAAAAUCUGGAAGAACUUAUUGUCUCUUGCUUCUCCAUAUCCUCUUCAUUCCGCAUGUUUACUCAUAUUCCUAGUCUAACAGUUAACAUGCAAACAAUCUACUGUGAAGAUGUAUUACGCUUCAUUCAGACCUUGAAGAAUUCCAAAGCCUAUGAUCUCUCGGAAAUCCGAUUUGGACAAUUUCCUGACAAAUCUCGUUUUUUGAAAGCUAUUGGAUUGGCGGAAGAUGACGUUCGAUCGUUUCAUGUUUUCUCAAGUGAACUCUCUCUAACAUUCUAUCAUGAUUUGAAAAUUAUGGAUUUUAAAAAAUGUAGUUCAUAG